CCACAUCCGGUUGUGCAGCAGCCAUUUUGUCUGUUCAUGCAAGUCCACCCCUCACGGUCAAGAACUGCGUUCCCCCUUCAAAAAUAACCUGAAAUAUUGUAUUUUUUUUGUAUAUUAUGUGGCACUUAUACGGAUUUAAAAAUUACAAGUUCGAAGAUGCCUUUCUCUUCGAAAUAAAUAGCGUAUUUUUUUUAGUUGUGUGCGCGAAUAAUUAAGGUUAUGUCGUGCGAGGAAAGCUACUUAGCCAUCAGACGCUAUCUGACUGAUGAGCGGGAGCCGUACGCACCGGGGACCCAUGGCAAUACUAAAAGAAAGAUACGUAAAGCAGCCGCUUGCUAUGUCGUGCGGAAUGGCACACUGUACUACCAGAGAAGGCAGAAGGGCCUGGAUGAAUUCACCGAGUUGGAAGUGGUGUUGCAGGCAGGACGGAGGAAGGAACUUAUCGACGAGUCACACAUUGUCACCGGAGAAGAGCACCUCAACCAGCAUCACACAUGGGAAUCAAUUUCUCAGAAGUAUUGGUGGAGAGGGAUCCUGAAGCAGGUGAAAGACUACAUGAGACAGUGUAGGCAGUGCCAGAACAGACAGGACCGGAGGGGGCUAUCGGAGGACCGGAGGGGAUCCAGACUGGUGGGCCGACCAGGGAGACCAAGGAGGGUCACAACCCCAGCCAGUGACGAUGAUGAGGUGGAGGAGGAAGAAGAGGAGGAGGAGGAGAUGGACUUGGUGACUUCCAUUCAUCACAAGACCAAGAGCUCCAGGACUGUGGCUAAACACGAACUGGUCUUUGUCAGUGAAACUAUACUGUCUAGUGUUGUCUUAGGUGUCUCUGUCUAGUGUUGUCUUAGGUCU